GGGUUCGGGAUUUACUCCUGCGUGUGACGUCAUACUCCACCAAAUCUCCCCGCAGCCCGCACUCAAACAGUAUUUAUUUACAUCCCUAUAUCCCUGGGUUCAGCUUAGCUACUUGGAAUAAUAUUUGCCCCGGUGUUCAACUACAAAUAAGGCUGAUCAGUGUUUGACCGGCAGUUCAAUUCAGUUCAACAUGUCGUCUGCCCCACCAAGUCGUAAAGAGGCUUUAACCAGCUUCAUCCAGCAGAUUCAUGGUCGUCCUGUUGUUGUCAAACUCAACAGUGGCGUUGAUUACCGAGGUGUUUUAGCAUGUUUAGAUGGAUACAUGAACAUAGCGCUGGAACAAACUGAAGAAUACGUCAACGGGCAGCUGAAGAAUAAGUACGGUGAUGCCUUUAUCCGUGGGAACAAUGUUCUGUACAUUAGCACACAGAAACGCAAAUUGUAAUAAUGUUUAGUUAGGUGUUUAAAAAAAACUGUACAAAAUUAUUUUAUUUAAUACAUUUUUUUUGUUUUAUUUUGUAUGUACUUGGUAUGCAAUGUAUUUAUUCCCCAUGAAUAAUCUGUAUGUGGUUCUUCCACAUGUGUUAAUUUAAGAGUAAAUAAUGACUACUGCUUA